CGCCUCCUUCCCUCUGUGUGACAUGACCGAGGAGGACCUGACCCGGAACCCCCUGUUCUGUAAGCUGCUGGCCACCCUGGCUCAACAUGUGGACCAGACUGGGCUCACCGUGUCGCUGAGGUCCGAGCUGGACAAGGCCGAGCAGAAGCUGCAGAGCCAGAGGCGUCACUGGCUGCGCUCGGAGAGCCUCCACAGAGGGCUGCAGGAGAUGAUCCAGGACUGCUGUGUCAGGAAGCAACACGCCACCGCCCCCCCUGACCAGACCAUGUUCCAUGACACGAUGGAGAAGUGUCUGCUGGUUGCUCAGUGUGUCAGACAGCUGGAUCCCAGCACCACCACCAACCAGGACCAGCCCUCCGUUCUGGGCCUGAACACCCAACAGGUGAUGGAGCUCAUGCCGCCAGAGAAGAAUGUACAAAGAAUGAAGCAGAGUCUCCCCAGAGAGCUGGAGAAACAUCUCAAGAAAAAGUGUCUGAACCUCCUCUCUUACUACCAACCUGAAUGGGAGAACGAGAGUGAGGGUCUGAAGAACAGCAAGUUGGCUCACCUGUCAGUCCAGCUGGACAUGGAGCAGAAAAGAGCAAAGAGUCUGAAGGAGACGUGCAGGGAAAACACAGUUCUCCUGCAGAGACAGACUCAACUCUACCUCUCUGAGCUGACCAAGUGUAUUCAGCUUCUCCAGUCGCUCAUCCUGGACCACAGGCUGAAGACCCAGACAGAUUUGGACAGAAAGAAGUUGGAAUACUUUGAAGGCAAAUGUGAAUUAGUCUUACAGAAGAUAAAGGCAGAGAUGGUAGAAAUCCAACUGGACACGUACACAGCCGACGCGAUAUCUGCUCAUAGAAAGAUAAGAGAAAAGUUGGAAUCUGAGCUGAAGACCUGUCGGGUGGAGAAGCAGUCUGUGGAGAUGAAGCUUGCCUCUUUUGAGAUCUUGGGCAAAGAGUUUGAGGGCCUGGCUGAGGAGUACUGCAGAUUACGGCGGGAGAUCGAAGCUAAAAACUGGGCUCUGAAGGAGUUCACCCAGUACAACGAGAAAUGAAGAUCACAUCCGACGCCUGGGACGACAGCCAGUGAUUUCCCUCUUCACUGUGUUACCACGCUCACAAUUAGACAUUGGCUUUUGGACGCUCAACACAUGAACCGUGUAGCAUGUUGUUGAAAUAAGGUCAACACUGAAGAUCCAAUCUG